CAACGUGUUGAUACAGUGCAGUUAAAUGAGCAAAGGAGAAGGAAAGAACGAAAACUAGUUGUCGAAUCAUGGACUGGCAAAGGUAUUGUAGUAUUUUUAUUCACCAGGGGCUGGUUGUUAAAACCAUGAUUAGUGCUAACCCUGGGUAUUGUGUAUUUGUGCAAGUCUGCACAUUUCCAAACUUCGGAAAAUAAAACUUCUACUGAUCCAGAAAGAUUUCUGGAAAAAUAUUUCCAAGUUUAUAAACAAUCUGUCAUGAAAUUUAGUUUGAAAUUUAGCUUAACUCUGAAUUGAGCUAACCAUGCAGCUUUCGAACAACCAGCCCAAGGAAUUGGGGGACUUAACAACCCAUCAAAGGGAAAGAUCCACUGUUCAGUAUCAUGUUGACAGUAAUGGACAUGUUUUCCAAGGCUUUCAAAAUGCCAAAUUAAUUAUUUGUUUGUGCUGUGAGCCCAAAUGCUCUCUCAGUUGCUUGCAGUUGUGUGAUAAAUCACAUACUGUACUUUCAGUACUUAGGAAAAUUGUUUGUGCAAAGCUUUCUGCCCUUGCAUGCAUGUUUUUCCUCCCUACAGGAUUAACCCUUGUGUGGCUAUGUUUAUAAAAUCUAAUAAUUACACCAUAUUUUCUUAUUUAUAUAGAUGUUUCCAAUGAGAGAUUCCUCAUGAUUGGUUUUAUGAGCUUGUGUGAUAUGCCUGAUGACAAAUUUAUGCCAUGUGAAAUGGCUAUUGCAGAGUAUUCACUGAGAAAUGGGAUUAUUCGAAGCUUCCACAGAUAUAUAGAUCCAG